CAAGCUGAAAAACGGAGCGCGCGGUGCAGACAGGAGCGCACUCCACAGGACGCACACACAUACACACACUGACAUCCACAGACAGACGGACACAGAGCCUUCUAUAUGAUCCUCCCUGUGUGCAAAAGGAAAUGGAGUUAAAAUAGAGUAAUUUCCUACCUCAUGGACUGGAUGCAUUGAGGACUGUCGCUUUGGAUUUGUAAACUUCACGCCCAGACACUAGGAGAGAAAAAUGUGGAGAUACACGAACUUGAUCGCAUGUCUGCUGGUUUUGUGUAAGGAUGCGUCUUCACACAGUAAGAUCUUUGGGGAGACUGAGCCUGUUCGGAUGACGUCAGAAGGCUCUGAUUGCCGCUGUAAGUGCAUCAUGCGGCCUUUAAGCAAGGACGCCUGCCUGCGUCUGCGGAGCGGCGCUGUACGAGUGGAGGACUUCUACACAGUGGAGACGGUCAGCUCCGGAUCCGACUGUAAGUGCUCGUGCACGGCCCCUCCGUCCUCCCUGAACCCUUGUGAGAAUGAGUGGAAGAUGGAGAAGCUGAAGAAACAGGCCCCCGAGUUACUAAAGCUCCAAUCCAUGGUGGACCUUCUGGAGGGAACGCUUUACAGCAUGGAUCUGAUGAAAGUCCACUCCUACAUCAACAAAGUGGUGUCUCAAAUGAACACCCUAGAAGAGACAAUCAAGACGAACCUCACGCGAGACAAUGAAUUUGUCCGAGACAGCAUGACGAGCCUCACCAACCAGUUUAAGAGGUACGAGAACUACUCCAACGUCAUGAUGAGCAUCAAGAAGGAGAUCUCCAGCCUCAGCCUGCAGCUGCUGCAGAAAGACUCCUCGGAGAACAAAGCACAGAACACUAAUGAUGAGAAAACCAAGGAGGCUUUAAAGGCACCCAUCAAAAAGACCCCUGCUGCCAAACUUUCACCAAAACAGCCCAAAGAAAAGGUUGUAAAGCCCAAGAAAGAGGUCAUUAAACCUGGGAAGCCAGCCAAGCCUGACCCUACGGCCAAAGCCAAGGUGGUUGGCCACCAGCCUGGGGUUGUGAGGGGCAUCACAUACUACAAGGCUGCCAAGACCGACGAGGACGAACACAGAGGAGACCAUUCUGCCAAAACGUACACAGUCCAUCACAUCACGGAAAACCAGUCAGAGGAUGGAGGAGCUGAAAUGGUCCUGGAAACCAUAGAGGCCACUGUGGCCAAACCCAUUGCCACCACUGUUGUUCCCACCACUACAACUACUACUACUACCACCACCACAACCACUGGCACCACAAUUACUACCACUACUACACCCACUACCCUCACUACACCAAGUACACCAGCAUCUGAAAGACCUGCUCCGACCAUUGUGCUGGUGCUGGACAACUCCAACAACAACAGUCGGCCGACCCUUCACAGAGCAGGGAAGAUCCUAAACUGUGAAGGGACUCUAGCAUCCAUUGACCAGCCAGAGAAGCAGCACAGUUAUGGGCGCAACGAGGGAGCCUGGAUGAAGGAUCCCCUGGCUAAAGACUCCAAGAUCUACGUCACUAACUAUUACUAUGGCAACAACUUGGUGGAGUUCCGCAACCUGGAAAACUUCAAGCAAGGCCGAUGGAGCAACCUCUUUAAACUGCCUUACAACUGGAUAGGCACAGGCCAUGUGGUUUAUAAUGGAGCCUUCUACUACAACAGAGCGUUCACCAAGAACAUCAUCAAGUAUGAUCUGAGGAUGCGCUAUGUGGCGGCCUGGACACUGCUGCACGACGUGGUUUACGAAGACACCACCCCCUGGAAAUGGAGGGGGCACUCGGACAUUGACUUUGCAGUGGACGAAAGUGGCCUGUGGGUGAUCUACCCUUCCAUUGACUACGACUACAACCAGCAAGAGAUGAUCAUCAUCAGUAAACUGGAUCCUGGGGACCUUUCGUUGAAAAAGGAAACAACUUGGAGGACAGGCCUUAAGCGAAACUCCUACGGAAACUGCUUCAUCAUCUGUGGUGUCUUGUAUGCCGUCAAUGUGUACAACCAAAAGGAAGGUGAGGUGAACUAUGCUUACGACACCCACACCAACACUGAAGCCAUCCCACGCCUGCCAUUCACCAAUGAGUACUCCUUCACCACCCAGAUUGACUACAACCCCAAAGAGAAGGUUUUGUAUGCCUGGGACAAUGGACAUCAGCUCACAUAUCGGGUAAACUUUGUCGACCAGUGAGCACAGCUAGUUUGUGCUACAGAUCAGCUCAUUGAAGCCUAAAUAACAAGAUGUUCAGCAUUUGACAGUGUAGAAGCAGCCAUAUUGGACUCAGGAUGACAGAUAAACUUACACCAGCCUUCCAGAACUAAUGCACACAAUUCACCUGACCUCACAGUGUACCAAAAAUAUGUGUCUCAAAUGUGUACUGGGAUGUGACUGUACAAUAUGUUAAUAGAAUGGAAAACAAACAGUGAAAAUAAUCUCACAGUUUGAGUUGAAGACUCGUCGGGCAGAUUUUAGAAAAACAAAGAGAUUUUUUUAUAUGUUCAUUUAUGAAAUGUCAGCAGGCUGGCUAACUAGCAAGACAGAUAUUGCUAUAAACGGUUAGUUUUAAUUUGACUUAGCAUGUGUUACAUCAUGUGUUACGGUAGAUUUUGUGUCCAAUUUGCUUUACAGUGGAGUCACUUAACAAACAAUAUACACAGAAGACAUGAUGACAGCGUCAAACAACUCUUUAAAAUUUAAACUUCUAAAUGUGUUGCAUUAAUAGAGACAG